UUCGAAGGGGACACUGCGUCAGCACGUCUGCACGUGAGCGGCGGUGUUCCUGCGCGUUAUAGCCGCUUCCGGCGGAGCCUGAGUGUUGAUGUCCCGCGUCUGAGGCCGUGUUGAGCUGGAAGCUGAGCGAGCUGCGGAGGAAUAAGGGGAAUUCUAGUGUUUGCCGCGGUAAUCUCAUCAGCCCGCCAAGAUGGCGAUGCAAGCGGCCAAGAGAGCGAACAUUCGACUUCCACCUGAAGUAAAUCGGAUUUUGUAUAUAAGAAAUUUGCCUUACAAAAUCACAGCUGAAGAAAUGUAUGAUAUAUUUGGGAAAUACGGACCUAUUCGUCAAAUCAGAGUGGGGAACACACCUGAAACUAGAGGAACAGCUUAUGUGGUCUAUGAGGACAUCUUUGAUGCCAAGAAUGCAUGUGAUCACCUGUCCGGAUUCAAUGUUUGUAACAGAUACCUCGUGGUUUUGUACUAUAAUGCCAAUAGGGCAUUUCAGAAGAUGGACACAAAGAAGAAGGAAGAACAGUUGAAGCUUCUCAAGGAGAAAUAUGGCAUCAAUACAGAUCCACCAAAGUAAACUUUUUCUGCAUUUUUAUUUUGGACUGAAAACCCAUGAAUCACCACCCUACCCUUUUUUGAUUUUUAAUUAAUACUGAGUAUUGCAGUUUCUUGAGGUUCAGAAUUUCGUUCCUGAAACCUUGAUACAUGUUAGAAUAUAUUGUUAGUAAAGUUGCAGCUUUUUGUAAAACA